CUCGAAAAGUACUUUGAAUACAAUGCCUAUCCUUCAGCACCUGAUCGAUUGCUGUUGGCUCGAAAGUCAAUGAUGACCCCCCGACAGAUUGAAGUUUGGUUCCAAAACCAUCGUACUCGUGCCCGAAAGGACGGUCUCCCUUUACGCAAAUUAACAUCACAUCCACUACCCGUUCAUGUCUCUCUUGAAGCUUUAGAACGAAGUAUGCCACAAUUCACCAUCCCAGCUUUUGAAAGGCAACAUCCCGAACGUGGUGUUAUGGCAAAGAAAGAUGACCUAGUCAUUUCGAAAGCGCAAGUGGGUAACAGAUUGUUUGUACCACCAUUAUCUCAAAUUGAAUUAUUUUCAGCCUAA